GCUGCUCCCCUUCCCUAAGCAAAGCUUUCUUUCUCAUCUCCGCUUAAUCAUUCCUAUAACACCUACACACCCGAACCCUUUAAAAUGGUCCUCCCUCCAACACAACACCUCGAGCCCUCCUCACUCUACUUCUGUAGAUGAAUGGCCACCCAACCCAAAUGCUUCUUCAUUUUCUCUCUCCAGUGGUUCAGUAGUAGGCUGAUUUCUUGAUGGAUCUUGGUGUUGGUGGUAUGCUAAUGGUGGGUUUGGAAGAUGGGUUUGUGGGUGGUGGUUCAGACCCAUAUACCUCUUUUUCUUCAGAUGCUCCUCCUCACACCAAUAAGCAAAAGCUGUACGGAUCAUGGCUUCUCAAUAAGCAAGAAAGGCCUGAAGAAGAAGAUGACUGGAGAAGCAGCUGCUUAAAAGUGGCCAAGACUACUACUAGUGAAGAUGACUUCUCAGCUUCCAAGGCAGCAUUGCUGAGAAGUCCUCUGUUGAGAUCUAAUAGCUCUGAUGGUCAGCAAAUACUCAGCUUCUCUUCACCCAACUCACAAGCUGUGCCAUUGCCUUAUUUUCAGUAUCAACACCACUCAUCAAUUACUACUACUUAUGGUAGAGAUACAACAGGGUAUGGGUGUGGAGGCAUGAAUGGUGCAAAUAUGCGUGGGGGAUUAACAGUGGUGAGAGGCCCAUUUACUCCAUCACAAUGGAUGGAGUUAGAACAGCAGGCCCUCAUCUACAAAUACAUUACUGCCAAUGUCCCUAUUCCUUCUAAUCUUCUCAUUCCUAUCAGAAAAGCCCUUGAUUCUGCUGGUUUCUCUGGCUUUUCAGGAGGACAUAUAGUACCCACUACUUUUGGAUGGGGUGCUUUCCGUCUGGGAUUCUCCAACACCACCGAUACUGAGCCAGGAAGGUGUCGUCGGACUGAUGGAAAGAAAUGGCGGUGCUCGAGAGAUGCAGUUGCAGACCAGAAAUAUUGUGAGCGGCACAUGAACAGGGGCCGCCAUCGUUCAAGAAAGCCUGUGGAAUGCCAAACUGGCCAUUCCGUCUCCGGACCCACCACCGCCACCACCACCUCAAAGCUCAUGCCGAUGGCUUCCUCUACAACUGCAUCGGGGGUGCCUGACAGCCUCUCCCGCCAUCCUCAACUCAAGAAUUUGCAGCCUGGUGCAGCUAAUGACAGGCUUUUUCUGAACAAAGAGAAUGUGGGGGAGAGAAGUCAAGCUGCAACAGACCUAUGCAUGUUAUCUCCUGCAAUUGGCCUAAAAGAGAACCAAUAUUGCAUUCCAAAGCAGCAGCAGAACCCGUAUGGUGAAUCCUCCCGAUCUGAAUUUGGACUCGUUUGUUCCGACUCCUUGCUUAACCCUUUGCAUAAAAACUCUUCCCACAUCAGCUGCAGAAACUAUGGUUCUUCCCAAGACCUCAAUGAUCGUGAAAACGGCUCACAACGUUCAGUAGUUCGUCAAUUCAUGGACGACUGGCCCAAAAACCACACUGAUCAUCAUCAUCGCUCUGCUGUUUCAUGGCCCAAUGUCGAUCUACAGGCAGACAGGACCCAACUAUCAAUUUCAAUCCCUGUGGCUGCCUCCUCUGAUCCCUCUAAUGAAAAACUUGCUCUCUCAUCCAGAGAGCUUGAGAUGGGUUUGGGAGUGGGCAGUGUAGUGAGUGAACCAAACCAAAGGCAAGUGAAUUGGAUACCUAUAUCGUGGGAAAAUUCACUGGGUGGACCUCUUGGAGAGGUAUUGCAUAGCACUAACAACAGCAGUGGAGGUGAUUGUAAGAGCUCAUCGGCUCUUAACCUUAUGACCGGAGGCUGGGACACCAACCCUAGCGCCCAGUUAGCAUCAUCUCCUACAGGAGUCCUGCAGAAGAUGACAUUUCGGUCACUUUCUAACAGCAGUGCUGGGAGUAGUCCGAGAGCAGAUAACCACAAAACCCAUGAAGGGAAUUCAUCCUUGUUGCCAGCAUCAUAAUCAUUUGACCUCCAACUAGGAAGAUGAUAAUGGAAGGAGGAAGAGUUAUUUUUUUUUUUUUUUUUUUUUUUUUUUUUUUUUUUUUUUUAGAGAGAGAGAGAGAAUUUGUUUAGUUCUGUAAUGUGUUUAAUUUAUGGAUAAUGGAUUUGCUUAGUGGUAAAACAUGACUUUGUAAAACUCUUCAAUUGCUAUUUUAGGUAAUCAAUUAAUGUUGUAUUGUUGUGGAUGAUGAUGAUGACGACUCUCAA